CGCGUCCAAAUUUAGUCCUCUCGUUUUCAAACAAGAAUUUCGAUUACCUAGGGAAAAGAUAUCCGUCAGAAGUUGCCAUUCGUUCGUAAAGAAGAAACUUUUACGACUCGGCAGACAAUCUCGUCCUUGUCGUACAUACAAAAAGAUCUCUUCACCUCCCGUAAACGUAGGGUUGGGAAAAUGGACUGGUGUCAUUUGGAGGAAAACUCGUUGGAAACUAUCCCUCUGUGUGAGUUUCUGGAUGAAGGCAAUACCCGGGACCGAUCGAGGUCGGGCCGACCAAAGCAUGAUUGAAUAGAUUUCUGCCACGAGCACGUACUUUAGAGAACACAUCUUCAUCGUUGCUCGUUGCGCUGGUGACCAUGCUUUAAUUUGGCCAUUACGACCAACAUGGCUCAUUGCUUGGCUGGAAUGUGUAAUUGAAUUUACCAUCAUGAUCGAGAACGAGAGAAUUGCCUGCCAAUGGUGUUCCCACUUGGAUUUGGAUGAGCCGACUUCUGACAAUACCUGUGUGUGUGUGUACUGACUGCAUCCACAUGUGCUCUUCGAGCUUCAUUCUCCACAUUCCUAUGAUCAUCCCACCCUUCGACAUUCCUCCUCGUCUGCCAAUGAAUGCACCUUACUUUCCAUGCCGUUUUGACGCAUUCCAGAUUCCCACUCGACUCGUUACGGACUUGACGCGUAUGAACUGAAACACCACCACAUUGGCCACUAGAGGGCAGCCCAUUCCGAGACCAGCAUUGCCACUUGAGUGACGUAAGAGUGCGAGAAAAUACACAUAACAUGUCUUCGGGAAAAGGACUACGUGUAUGCGUGAUUGGAGCGGGUGCGGCUGGCUUGUGUGCGGCCCGCCAUGUCUCAGCUCAAAGCAAAUGGUUUCAGAAGCCCGUGGUGUACGAGCUGAAUUCCUUGUUGGGUGGUACCUGGGUUUACAACGAACAGGUGGGGGCAGACCAGUUUGGCAAUCCCAUCCAUUCCAGCAUGUAUGAGCGCAUGAAAACGAAUCUACCCAAAGAAGUGAUGGCCUUCCCGGAUUUCCCUUUCCCAUCAUCACCGGAUUCGUUCCUUCACCAUACUAAAAUCCAAUCCUACUUGGAGCAGUAUUGCCGACAUUUCGCUUUGGACCAGUUCAUUCAGUAUAACAAGAAAGUGGAACUGGUCCAAGUUCAACCGGAUCAAAGUUGGUUAGUGAAGGUUCAGGAUUUACCCUCCCAAUCCGUGGCUGAAGCCAUUUUCGAUGUCAUCCUAGUGUGUAACGGCCACUACUCGGUGCCCUAUUAUGCUCCUAUCAGCAAUAUUGAACGAUUCCAAGGGAUCCGAAUGCACAGUCAUGAUUAUCGAAACCCUACCCGCUUCCAAGGGAUGAAUGUGGCUUUGUUGGGAGCAGCAGCCUCGGGCAUUGAUAUCAGUCUGGAGAUUGCUGAAGAAGCCACCCAAGUCUAUUUGUGCCAUAACAACCCGUCGAUCCCUUCCAAAUUACCCACUAACAUGGUUCAAGUCCCCGGGAUCGUGGAAUGCAUAUCGCCUCAAGGGUUUGUUUUGGCGGAUGGGUCCAAGGUCCAAGUGGAUUGUCUGCUCUAUUGCACGGGUUACGAGUUCCAAUUCCCAUUUUUGGAUGGCUCCUGUCAAGUGAAGGUAGAAAAUCGGACCGUCAAACCACUCUACAAGCAUCUGGUUCAUUGCGAGCACCCGACCAUGGCUUUCCUGGGAAUUCCCACCCAAAUCUGCCCGUUCCCAUUCUUCCAUUAUCAACUUCUAUGGUAUCUGAAGACGCUCAUCCAUCCUGGCUCAAAACUGCCCUCGGAAGCGGACAUGAAGGCCGACACGGAUCGGGAAAUGCAAGAGCGAUUAGCUCAGGGCAUUCCCAAACGACAUUUCCAUAAGAUGGGGGCCAUCCAAUGGCGAUACAUGGAGGAAUUGGCGGCUCAAGCCGACCUGGAUCCGCCCAACCCUCAAGUGGAGCAACUCUACAACUUGGUGCACGGGCGUCGAAAAACGAAGCUCACCCAAUAUAAGGCCGAUCAAUUCGAACUGGAUCACAGUGGAAAAUUUCAACUCCGACAAUAGCUUUGAGUCUGAUUAUAAUGGGGGAAAAUACAUUAGUUCACAUAUAUA